GUUCGAGCGUCCGUCGGGAAAGCAGUUGACAGCAGACAAGAAGAGGCCGAAGUGGGUAAACAAAACAAAACUUCUCAAAAGAUGCGCGACAGCAAGCCCAAACUUUUCUCUUAUUCGACAUUUUUAGAAUGCGCGACGUUGUUGUGAAGCGGUUUGAAAGUCGUUAGCGCGGAAAGUCGACAGCACGGAGAGGGCGUGCACCUGUCAAAUCUAAAUAGGUUAACGCGGCUAACGCGUUAGCAAGCUAGCUAGCUCGUUGAAACCGCAGAGGUUAGCUAGCUAGCCGUCCAGCCAGCCAUGUCGUCCCCUUCAUCCUCCAGGCGCCAGUGGUGCUACCUGUGCGACCUGCCCAAGAUGCCCUGGACCGUGGUGUGGGACUUCAGCGAGGUGGUCUGCCGGGGAUGUGUGAACUACGAGGGAGCUAACCAAAUCGAGUUCCUGAUCGCGAGCGCCCGACAGCUUAAACGAACUCACGGGAUGCAGGACGGAAACGUCAGGUCACCCGGCCCGUCACCGAAUAAACACAGCACCGCCGGCCGGGGAGAGGGGGCCGCUGACGUCGGCAGGCCGCACGGCGACCGCUUCGACAGGGGAGGCAGAGAGAGCGCUGGCACCGCCGUCCGUGUGCCUCCCAACGGGCUGCACCGGGACGGCCAGCCGCCGCAAGAGGUGAACCGCCAAAGUCCCAGCGCCAGCCGGAGACCCAUGCUGGGUGCUGCCAUCCCUCCCAGCCUAGUAACUCAAGGUAUUGCAGGGAUCCCCCACGGGCUGCUAGCGGGCAUGCCAGCUGGUCUGACGGCCAGGACAGCCCCCAUGAGCAGCCCGCUGAUCUUCCCUGCCCCGGUGCUCGCUGAAAUGAGCCGGAGACAGUUGGGGAUAGGGAUGGGGAUCGCCCCUUUCAUCACUCCGGAGCUCGAACGGGAGUUAAGUUCGUCCCAGACUCAGCCCAAGACACAGACGCAGGUCCACACGGCUGCGGCUGGCAGUAGUGGUAGCAAGAGCUCAGGCCUUCCUUCCUCUUCCUCCUCCUUGGCAGGGGGUGUGAGCCAGACGAGCCCCAAGCCUGCCUCUUCACCCGCCAGGCAGCCACGCCCCCUGACCUCAAGGUCUGGAGGUGAGCCCCUGGGAUCCAGCACCUCUGCAGAGGCAGCCACCACGGCUGCAGCUUUACCCCACAGUGGAGCAUCCGAGCUGGGAUCGGCAUCGGCUGGAAGCACCCUUUCCUCUGGAACCACUCUGUCCUGCACCUUAUGUCAUGAGCGGCUGGAGGACACACACUUUGUUCAGUGUCCAUCUGUACCAGGACAUAGGUUCUGCUUCCCAUGCACCAGAGAGUACAUCCAAAGCCGGAGGGGCGAUGGGGAAGUGUACUGCCCCAGCGGAGAGCGCUGUCCCCUGGAUAGCUCUCCCAACAGUCCACCUUGGGCCUUCAUGCAGGGAGAAGUCUCCACCAUACUGGGGACCGCUGGAGCUGGAACUGGAGGAGGAACUGGAGCUGCCUCAGCCGCUGCAUCUAGUGCGGGACUUGGUCCCGGGGCCGGGAGCAGCGCGGGAACUGGGAGUGGCACCGGAGGCGGAGCUGGUGCUGGAAGUGGAGACGUCACGGUUAAGAAAGAGAGGGAGACGUGAUGGUGAUCUUGACGCAAACCAGGACCCGACGCAGUAACAGAGUCCUGUCCCAUACAAGAAAGUGGCAUCUUUGCACUGCACUGCUCACAGACCCAGAGGAGAAAACAGUGACCCACCGUUCAGAAAACCAUCAUCACACAGGUCCUAACUACAUUUACACAGCCCGACUUACCAACAGUAUCAGCUUUGGGGAGAUAUCUGACUGAUGUUGCAAAGGCUGCCUUAUCGCUGUUUAAUUAUUAUUAUUUUUUUUUUCCAUUUAAAUUCAAAAUCUUAUUUUUGUUCUGGUUUUUAAAUCGUCAGUAGUCCACACUUUUCAUUUGUGACUGACUCUGCAUACUGGCACACAAUCAGGGAGUUUAUCUUUUUCUUUUUUGUUGUUUUUAUGGAAAAGUCCACCAAAAAAGCCCAGCAGGCGGAUAGACCUGGGAUCUGGGUAAAAAGCCAGUUGUGACAAUUCUGUGUGUUUGUUUAUCGUCAUGUUUCAGCUUAACGCAAAGCUGACUUUGACUGACCUGCGGAGAGGAAAAUGUUUGCUGUGUAACCGCCAGUUAAUCUAUGUCAUAGCAUUGACCAGCUGCAGAGACUCUGUCUGACUGUAUUUAAACAUUGCUUUCAUACAAGAUCUAGCCCAGCCUAUGCUUUACCCCGAAUGUAUAUGAAAAUAUAUCUAUUGAUAGGCCUAGGACUAUAUUUUAUACAGAAUGUUAAUGUUAUAUACUAUAUAGUACCACCAUAGUAUGUAUGUGCAAUCUAUAGUUAUAGUAUAUGCAAAAGUUUGGAUUAUAUGAUUAAAAAAAAUUGUGUAUGAUUACAUAGCCUGACAUGUUGUUGUUGUUUUUUUAAGUGACAAUCCACCCUAAAACAGAAUUUGUUGUUUCUGUAAUCCUGGAUAUUUUAGUGAUGCACAUGAUCGAGCCUCUCCUAAAGCUAGAGACGAGACAGCAAAGACUUUUCUCAUCAAGCAACACUUACUCCAUUGACAAUGAAUAGGACACAAGGAUUUCGAGGACACUGCCGCAAUAUUCAGAGGUACAUUUUCCGGUUCGAAACGGUCGUGCGCUGCAGUGAAAUGAAUCUCAUGUUAAUUAUAAGAAAUGAACGCACAAGUCCAAUGAGUCAGCAUCCCAUUCAUGGUCCAUCUAAGGUUGCUUGAUGAUGGUCCAGACUGCAGGCCUGCUCGUCUGGAUUCUGGCUUCUGGGAGAGUUUUCAUACUUAAAUUAUUCGCCAAGUACGUAAAAUGUGCAGGGAUUUCAUGUUCCUGAAUUGAACAGUCUGAGAUUGUAAUUAUCGCACAUGAAACCAUUUUAUUUCUUUGGUGGAUUUUCACUUUAGGUGCAACAUGUAGCCCUCAGUAUACAAGCACAGACAAACCAAAGGUAGCUUUAUACCCAAGCAGAUUUCUUUGGAUGUAAAUGUUUUGUGGAAAAAAUAUAUUGCUAUAUAUCUUGGCCAGGUCUUAACAAAUUCUCUUCAUCUAGCCAUUACAGUUUACAGGCCCUCAGGGUCUACUGUACUUUACCUAACGGGAUUUUACAUGAAAAAAUGUAUAGUGUUCAGAACAGAAUUAUAUAGGCCUUCUAUAUAUAAAGCCCACAAAUCAGGUCUGUUGUAGAGAAAUGUCUUUGAAGAAGUGGAAUUGAAGUUAAAUAUGCACUGAUACAUCAUGCAAUCCCUCGUAAGUGCCUUUUUAAAAGAUGUUUACUGUCUGUAAGUUCGUCUGGGAUCCUCAGGGGAAGUAGGAGUGCAAUGGCUUUUUUUUUAUUGCCCAGUGAAUGAUUAACCUGAAUCUGUGUUUCAUUUCAGUCGCCAACUGACGGUUAUUUUGCUUUGAUGCUGCAUCUCUGUGCUGUAGGCUGGCCGUUAGCUGUCUGGUUAUGGUCUCUGCUCGUCCUUGAAUCAGCCUCUGUUCGGUUUCUUUUCCUGUUCUGUGUUCUUUUUAGAUGGGUUGAUUUUCUAUAGGUCUGUUUCAACUUUAUGUACAAAAUAUAAACCAUGAAUAAACGGGAUGAAAAGUUGUA